AAAGAAAGAAAGGAGGAUGAGGACCCGGAUGCUGAACCGGAUUGUGUAUGAAUUUUCCAUCCCCUCGCUUGAGGCGGGGAGGAGGAAGGGGUGGCCUAGUGGGGCGGAAGGGGGCAUCUGAGCGAGGAGGAAGCAGAAGCCUCACCGUUUCUCCCCGCUGCGGGCUCUGUGCUAGCACUGUUAAUGUUUGCAGCUCUCUGCCCAGCCGCUGUGGAAAAUCGGCCUCGAAGUGAUUCACAUUCACUGCUUGUGUUGGGCAGCUUCUUUCAGAUCCCAUCGCUCCCCAGAGUUUGAGUGGAAGGAUUCAGUACGCGCUUCACAUUUGUAUGUCUCUGUUUAGCCAUUCUAAAGUCAGGCCCUUCUCUUUACAAAGAGAAAGCGUUUCUAUGGGUUGUUCACUUUUUAUAGCAAGGUUGUGUGCCUUGGUUUCAUCGUCUAAUGCGUUAGAAGGCGCUUUCAUUUCUUCAUGGAUAUUGAGCGCCGACCCUGUGGAAACACUGGGGUUGCCUCUGCCUUCGCAGACUUGCGCCUGGCCAGACGGACAGACGCUGAACGAAACAAUGAAAUUACCGGAGUGACAGUGCCACAGAGCAGAGUUCCGCGGUGAUGGGAGAAUGUGAACUAGGGAAUUUGGCUUAUUUAGGGAAGGAGAAGGCUUUCUUGAGCAAGUGAGGAUCGAGCUGAGAGCUGAAGGGCUAGCAGGAGUUAACUAAGGAAAGAGAAAAGGAAAAGACAUUCCAGACAAAAAGGCUAAUUUGUCGGAAAGCCUUGUGGCCAAAGUGGGCUUUUCCAGUAUGAAGAACUGACCCUGCAGAGAUUAGCUUUGAAGUUUAAAUCCAAUGGAGAAGACUCAAGAAACAGUCCAAAGAAUUCUUCUAGAACCCUAUAAAUACUUACUUCAGUUACCAGGUAAACAAGUGAGAACCAAACUUUCACAGGCAUUUAAUCAUUGGCUGAAAGUUCCAGAGGACAAGCUACAGAUUAUUAUUGAAGUGACAGAAAUGUUGCAUAAUGCCAGUUUACUCAUCGAUGAUAUUGAAGACAACUCAAAACUCCGACGUGGCUUUCCAGUGGCCCACAGCAUCUAUGGAAUCCCAUCUGUCAUCAAUUCUGCCAAUUAUGUAUAUUUCCUCGGCUUGGAAAAAGUCUUAACCCUUGAUCACCCAGAUGCAGUGAAGCUUUUUACCCGCCAACUUUUGGAACUCCAUCAGGGACAAGGCCUAGAUAUUUACUGGAGGGAUAAUUACACUUGUCCCACUGAAGAAGAAUAUAAAGCUAUGGUGCUGCAGAAAACAGGUGGACUGUUUGGAUUGGCCGUAGGUCUCAUGCAGUUGUUCUCUGAUUACAAAGAAGAUUUAAAACCACUACUUAAUACACUUGGGCUCUUUUUCCAAAUUAGGGAUGAUUAUGCUAAUCUACACUCCAAAGAAUAUAGUGAAAACAAAAGUUUUUGUGAAGAUCUAACAGAGGGAAAGUUUUCAUUUCCUACUAUUCAUGCUAUUUGGUCGAGGCCUGAAAGCACCCAGGUGCAGAAUAUCUUGCGCCAGAGAACAGAAAACAUAGAUAUUAAAAAGUACUGUGUACAUUAUCUUGAGGAUGUAGGCUCUUUUGAGUACACUCGUAAUACUCUUAAAGAGCUUGAAUCUAAAGCCUAUAAACAGAUUGAUGCACGUGGUGGGAACCCUGAGCUAGUAGCCCUAAUAAAGCACUUAAGUAAGAUGUUCAGAGAAGAAAAUGAAUAAUGUUAAGCCAUUCUGGAUUGGGCCUCAUAGCUUAUUUUAGUUAAUCACUUUUUUGUCGUGUAGUCUAUCACCUUUUAAAAAUUUUGGUCCAAGCUGUUAUUCCCCAAAAACUGAGUCAAUAGGUGAGUAGGGGUGAUGCAAGUGAUUCUGUUUUAAUUUAGAAAAACCUCUAUACAGAUAAUCAAAAGUCAGAAGAAUCAAGCCGCAGUUAUGUAGGUCUCAUUUGAACAUCAUAAUUACAGUGGGAGGACACUGUCACCAACUCUGCCCUACUACCAUCAAUGUUGUGUUUAUUCUGUCAAUAAAAAAGACUCAUUUCCAGGAA